AUGAGCAGAUCUUCCAACAACUCUACAGUCUCUAUCAUUGCAGGCAGUCUCGCCGUCACUGGUGCUGUUGCAGCCGCAUCCAUGUGGAGCAACUUUCGCCAUCAUGCGGACCACACUGAUCAGAAGGAUCCUCUCAUUCCUAAAUUCAUUGGAGAAGCAUUGACUCCCGCCGACCCAGAAAAGAUCAGGCAAGUCAUCAAUGCUUCCUUUGAUUACAUCUACCAUGAUCUACCAGCCCACAUUGUUGGAGAUAUGCAAAUGGUGCGAAAGCGAACACCCAAGGACCGAGACGAGAUUGUAAGAGCGGUAAACUCGCUCAUCUCAGACCUUACUGGUGGCAAUCAUCACGUCCUAGCAAAGGGCCAAAAGUCCAAAGGACUGGAUCAACUCGUGGAAGCCUUUUUCAAAUAUUUCUACGUGGCCAAGAAGAACAAGGGAGACAGAUCUGUUUCCACUGAAAAUACUGACGAUACUUCUGUGUUGUCUUCUUCCUCCUCAAGAUCAGUAUCCUUGGAGGGCAUGGGUGUAGUGGAAGCUACAGAAAGCAGCAAAACUGCUCCAGUAAAUGACACUACUGAGACCAUAUUAUCAUCCACAGAGGAAGAACAAGCAGAGAAGACUAUCGACUACGCUUGGGACGAUGAAGUAUAUGUGGAACACGAGGCAGCUGCACCCAAACCAGUCUCUGGAGCAGAUGCUGCUGCACUUUUCUUGGCGGGCGCCUUUGUGGCUGCUCAAGCCUUUGUAUGCUGA